AUGGCGAUGAAAAACAAGUACCACGGUUUGCUGAACCAGGGAGCGACAUGUUACUUGAACAGCGUCCUGCAGGUGUUGUUCAUGACCGAAGACUUCAGAGAGAGCGUCAAGAAGACUGCAGACACGACCUACAUUGACAUUGAGCUGAGAGACCUGUUCAAAGAUUUGGAAGAACGAGUUGCCUGCACUCGAAAAAUCACAAAGAGACUCGACAUUAAAAAUGUAAGAGUGCCGCGUGACGCAGCCGAGCACUAUGAGAAGAUUCUACGUCUGACCAGUCCAGCGGCGUCCCAUAUCUUCCACGGAAAGCUGAUAAAUAGGAAUAAGUGUAAGCAGUGUCAUACUAAGUAUGACAGUCCUGCAGGAUUCUGGAGCCUCCCUCUGCCUCUGGUGAACAACACUGAAGAAUACAGUGUGGAAAAGGGCAUCGAGGACUUCUUCCGUCCGUCAGAGAUCAGUGGAGAUGACCAGAUGUACUGUGAAAAAUGUGAUGACAAACGUGAUGCUGUCCUGGACUGCGUGGUGGAACAUCAUCCUGAAGUCUUGGUGCUUUUGUUAAAACGCUUUGAGUUUGACUAUGAAUACACUUACACAUAUGUGAAAAACCAGAGUUGUGUGAAUGUGCCCGACACGCUACAGAUGCCAGGGAGUCAGACGUAUAAGCUGCACGCCAUGGUGGAGCAUUUUGGGGAGCUACAAUAUGGACAUUAUAUUUCUACUAUCAAGUCCCUGUAUGAUGAUACCUGGUAUGAAUUUAAUGAUUCUAGUGUGACCCGACGUUCGACCUUACCAGCACUGGAAAGGUCCCGAAGUGCAUAUCUACUAUUUUACAAAAAACUAAAAGCUCCUCAACCAGAAAUUGAAGAAAUCGCAUUAAAUGACAAUCAGAAGAGGCCCCGGCCGGACGACGAGAGUCAAGAAUCAGUUCCCGUGAAGAAACCUAAACAGGAGCUGAAUGGUGAUGAGCUCAAUUUUGAUGAAAAAGUUCAGAAAUGUGAAGAUUUAGACACCAGCAGCAGCUCCUCAAAUACGAUUGACUCUCAAUAUGGGCCAAAGCUGAUCUUCAGACAGUUUCAUUCUUCCUGCUGUGACACCCUCUGCCUUCUCUGCACUGGCUACAACAUGAGCUCUGCUGAGAAGAGCUUCGACCCUCUGGACACCACAGUCACGCUGGUGAACGCUAAAGAUGACUUGGAUCCCUUCUCAUCGGAGGAUGGCGUGUUGAAAGCCCGUCUGUCGUGUGGACACGUUGUUUCCCCUGAAUCUCUCACUGAAGCCUGCCGGGCUCAAUUAAAAGAGGGACAUUACAAAUUCAAAUGUCCUGCUUUUGUGGAAGGAAGACUCUGUAACGGCCCUCUUUCGUACCGAGAGGUGCGCAAAGCGGCUGAUCUGACCGUGGAAGAGAUGCAGGAGUUUGAGGAGAACAUAGCUCGUCUGGCUGCAGCGGACUACAGUGACAUCCAGAAGUGCCCCAAAUGUAAGACGGACAUCAAGAGGAAGAACAUGACCAACCUGUGUGUGAUAUGCAGCGUGUGUUCGGCGGGACAGAGCAAGCCGUACCUCUUCUGCUGGCAGUGUCAGAAACCCUGGACUGGCCCUGCCCCCCGCUCUGACCGCUGUGGUAACUCUGGCUGCAAGAACUUAGAGCUGGAGCUGCUCCGGACCUGCAAACUCACCAAUCUGCCCAAGGUGCGAGGGGCCGAGGCGGUGCCCUCCAUCCGGGCCUGUCCUACCUGUGGGCAAAGAGUCGAGCACAAUACGACAGGCUGCAAGAACGUGAUCUGCCCUCGCUGCCAGGUGGAGUUCUGCUUUGUGUGUCUGAAGCUGACUCCAGUGUGUCAGGAGACCAGCUCCUACUUCAUCCCCUGCAGCGCUGGAGUGGCCCCGCGGCAGACCGCCAUCCCAGUGUGGCGCAGGAAGUGA